AUGUUAGCUCAGAAACAAAUGUUAAAGAAAAACUACACAGCAGUGACUGAGUUUAUUCUCCUGGGACUGACAGAUCGAGCAGAGUUGCAGCCUGUCCUUUUUGUGAUUUUCCUAGUCAUCUACCUUAUCACAGUAAUCGGCAACACGACCAUGAUUUUGUUAAUCAGAAGUGACCCAAAACUUCACACUCCAAUGUACUUCUUCCUCAGUCAUCUCUCCUUUGUAGAUCUCUGUUAUGCCACCAGUGUCACUCCUCAGAUGCUAGUUAAUUUUUUAUCCAAGAGAAAAAGCAUUUCCUUCACUGGUUGCUUCAUACAAUUCCGCUUUUUCAUUGCCCUGGGGAUCACAGAUUAUUAUAUGCUCACAGUGAUGGCUUAUGACCGCUACAUGGCCAUCUGCAAACCCUUGUCGUACAGCAGCAAAAUGUCCGGAUGUGUUUGCUUCUCUCUCGUUGCUACUCCUUACAUUUAUGGCUUUGCAAAUGGUCUGGCACAGACGAUCCUGAUGCUUCGUCUCUCCUUCUGUGGACCCAAUGAAAUCAACCACUUUUACUGUGCAGACCCUCCUCUCUUAGUCCUUGCCUGCUCAGAUACUUAUGUCAAAGAAACUGCCAUGUUUGUGGUGGCUGGUUCCAACCUCACCUGUUCUCUCACCAUCAUCCUCAUCUCCUACAUUUUCAUUUUCACAGCCAUUCUACGUAUGCACUCUGCUGAGGGGAGGCACAAGGCCUUCUCAACCUGCGGGUCCCAUCUGACAGCUGUCACUACCUUUUACGGGACUCUGUUCUGCAUGUAUCUGAGGCCACCUUCUGAGUCAUCUGUAGAACAGGGGAAAAUUGUAGCUGUUUUUUAUAUCUUUGUGAGUCCUAUGUUAAACCCUUUUAUCUAUAGCUUGAGGAACAAAGAUGUUAAAAGAGCAAUGAGGAAGGUGAUCCAAAAGAAAUUGUUUGCUAAAUAG